AGCAUUCCUUGCAUUCCUGUGCAGCCAGCUCAAAGGAAUAACAAUAACCGAGCAGCUAGAGCUAGAGUAAACAAUGGAAGGAAGCCAAGCAAGUACGCAGCGGAGGCCCAGUGCUCGGCGCAGACGUGCCAUGAGUGCCAUAGCUCGUCCCCCUACGGCUGCAUUGAGACCAGGUACUGCUUCUGGCAGCAGUAUAAAACCCAGGAGGCCUUACUCUGCCUACACCAAGAGAGGAGGGGACGAAUGUGAAGCCGGACCAAAAUACGACACCGAAGCGUCUGGCAGAGAAUGGUGGAGAGUCCACCUCAAGGAAACACCAUUACCUGGUGCGUACCGAAUUGGAAGCUUCCUGGAUGAGCUCCAGCUCCAGCCGAGCACUUACCGGUUUAGAGACAGCUCUCGAGCGAAAUCAGCAAGCCACCAAAAGUUUGAGCGCCAUGGAGAUGCACUUCUUCCUGGUGCUUAUGAAACCACAGACUUCCUUGAUGAGACUGCCAAGCAAAAAAGGACUUAUGGUUUCCAAGCUAUAGAGAGAAAAGAAGGACCCAAAAUAGGGCAUGGAUAUGGAGACAAGGAGAUGCACACAAGCCCUGCGUGGUACAAUGUAGUGGAUUACAGUGAGGGUGUGGACGAAAAGAAUAUAAAGACACCUCAGUUCAAGUCACAAGUAAAGCGUGAUGUUCAUAGUGCACAUCAGUUCAGAAUCGUCAAGGGUCCUGGUCCUGGUAUGUAUGACAGUAGCCAUGUGAACAAGGCUCCUGCAGUGUCCUCUAGCUUCAAGUCUAAAGUGCCAAGAUUUGCUGGGAGACCAAAUAAAAGCCCUGGUCCGGGAAGCUACUCUUGCAGCAGCUCAGUGUUUGGAGAACCCAAGCCUAUGGGGGCUGCUGUGCACCACAUGAAGAAGAAACAUGGCCUGUCUGUAGUGUAGUUAUCAGUUCAGUGUUUUGUGUGUGUUUUCCUAGUAACUUUUAAGAUGGGCGUGUCCUUUAACAAUUAAAAUUCAA